AUGCCGGGAGCGACGCAACUUCUGCUCUUCGUGCUACUUGUUCUCAAUUUAAUAGUGGGAGGUGCCCGUUUUCUGUGUAAUUUCCUGAUUUUGGGCAAACUGUUGUAAACCGAAACACAAAAAGGCACCCGUCAGGAAAGUUGGCGACUCAGUCCGGUCAAACAGGGUCAGUUUGUCGGAUGGAGCGCGUUUGGCUGACUGGUUUCCGCUUUCAGAUGAUGACACCAAGAGAUGACUCGAUUAUCACGGCGGUAGAGGAAGAGCGUUCGUUUUCGAAUUUCAAUCUCUGUUUUUUUUUCCAAAUAGGAAAAAUCACUAAAUUUAUAAAUAUCUUACAAAGAAAUGAAAAUAAUCGAGCCAAGGUGCUCAAAAGUGUAUUUCAGUCAAAUUUCUGCGAAUUUCCAGAACUUUUAGACAUUUAUUUGCUUUGUGAGCGUGAGAAAAUAUACAUGUUCUACUUAAAAUUAACUAAUUUGUCCUUUUAAAUUGCAGAAGAUAAAAAAGAUACAAGUUCGAGAAAAAGCGGGAAACUUACGGGACAGAAGAAGAAGAAAAUCGUGAAAAUGCCCAAAGGCAAGAAACAAAAGGUUCGAAGUUUUCGAAAAAAAAAAACUGCCGUGACAGGAGAAUUUCGUACUGAUAUAUAUAUAGAAGACCGCAUUCCUGAAGUCAUAGCCGUACUGGGAAAACUUUUUAGUGGCCCCUUAAAUGACUUAAAUUUAGUGAUAUCUUAAGAAGUUUAGGUGGGCCCACUAGACCAAUAGGAACUACUAGUGUCCACUCCCCUUCAAGCAGUCCUUGAGGAGCCUCUUAAGGGGCCAAUAGAGUUUUUCUCAGUACAUACAUAGCGACGGAAUUUAUGAGAUUGUUAAAUGGGCUUUUCCUGGUACGGGAAAUGGAUUUUGGCUUUGUGGACGGAAGCGGGAAAAUUCUAAUUUCCUACACCAUUUCCGGAAAAGCCCGUCAGGAAUUUGUGCAGAUUUGAAUAUUUCGGAUUAGCAACAUUUUAAACGAAAUUCAGAUAAAUUGAAGAUUUUUAUCAGAUAUACUUCCCCUUUCUCUAGAGCUUUUGAAUAUUCAAAAAACGGUUUCAGAAGCUGAAUAUGUCGAACGAAACGGGUUCAGAAGAGAACGCCGGUCACGCGACUCCGGGGAGCAAAGAACCUCCUAUUGUUUGUUGUCUUUUAUUUAGAAGCUCUAUUUUGAUCUUUUCCAAAACCUUUCUAAAAUUACCCAUUCCAGAGGUCCAAUGAGAGUGCCCGAAACCCCAGAGACUUCCCAGUCGGUAAGUUCAACAAAAAUGUUAUCUCAUCAAAUUCUGAUUUCUAUUUCAGCACAUCUAGUACGUCUCAAAUGA